AUGGGUGAAAACAUAGAGGUGUGGAGGCAAGUGUUCCAGGAAUUAAUGCAGGAGGUGAAACCAUGGCACACUUGGACCCUGACGCUAGACAAGGAUCUUCUUCCUAACAUCCAGGAGCCAGGGUGGACACAAUACCAGCAGUGGACCUUUGCCAGGUUUCAGUGCUCCUCUUGCUCCCGCAGCUGGGCCUCAGCCCAAGUUCAGGUCCUCUUCCACAUGAAUUGGAGCAAAAGGAAGUCCAGAGGCCAGGUGAAGAUGAGGGUCUUUGCCCAGAGGUGUAAGAAGUGCUGCCAGCCUCCUUUUGAGACUCCAGAGUUCACACAAGAGAACAUCUCAAGGAUCUUGUACAACCUGGUGCUCCGAAUUCUGAAGAAAUGCUACAGAGAAGAAUUUAAGUCAAUUGAAACAAUUCCUACAAUCAAGAACAUCUCUCUUGAAGGGCCACACGACAGUGACAACUGUGAGGCAUGUCUGCAGGGUUUUUGUGCUCAGGGUGCCACCAAUAAGUUCACCUGCCCACAAGAUCACCGCUCCAAUGCCUUCUCCUGCAAAUAG